AUGCAGGCUCAUGAGACUACAGCUUUAACAACUGCAGAUCACGCUCAAGGAGUUUGUAAAAGAUUUGUGCAUAAUGUCUUUUUAGUAAUAAAAAGAGCACAUCUAGACGCAUUUCAUGGACAUAUCAAUAAUUUGUACCUGAAAAUUCAAUUUACAAUUGAACAUGAGAAGAACGUAUUAGUAUACUGCAAACCAACUUAUACUGAUCAAUAUCUCAACGACACAUCUAAUCACCAAAUGUCAUGCAAAGAAAGUGUAGUGUCCUCAUUACUGGACAGAGCAGUCAAUGUAGUCAGUGGAAACAACACCUUACUUGCAAAUGGGUACUUAAGACAGACCAUUAAAAAGGUUGAGAGGAAAAUCAGGAACAGGACUGAUAAGAGCAGUAACGGGGAAGAUGCCAAAAAUUAA